UUUCCUUUGCCGAGCAGCAGGCUGGGCUUGCUCGCUCGCUCGUACAACCUUGGCUUUCGACUCGGCCGCGACGGCGACGACGUGUUGCUGUGGCCGAAACCGCCGUCGACCGCCUCUCGCCCGACUCGCCUAACCGCCGAAUCGUGGCCGAAACCGUGGCGCCACGAUGACGACCAGAGGGUGGUUCCAUCCCAACAUCUCGGGCAUCGAAGCCGAGAAUCUGCUCAAGGAGCGCGGCUACGAGGGCAGUUUUCUCGCCAGACCUUCCAACAGCAGCCCCGGGGACUUCACCCUCUCAGUCAAGCGGAACGGAGAGGUUACACACAUAAAAAUCCAGAACAAUGGCGACUUUUACAACUUGUUCAGCGGCGACAAGUUCGCCACCCUCUCCGAGCUGGUCCAGCACUACAUGGAAAAUCAAGGCCAGCUGCGAAUGAAAAAUGGCGAGGUCAUCGAUCUCAGGCUGCCGCUCAACUGCGCUGAUCCCACCACUGAAAGGUGGUUCCACGGGCACCUGUCAGCCAAGGAGGCCGAAAAGAUGAUCACCGACAAGGGAAAGAACGGAAGCUUCCUGGUCCGAGAGUCGCAGAGCAAACCCGGCGACUACGUCCUGUCGGUCAGGACGGAGGACAGGGUCACACACGUCAUGAUCAGGUGCCAGGAUGGGAAGUUCGACGUCGGCGGUGGCGAGCGUUUUGUCAGUCUGACCGACCUAAUUGAGCACUACAAAAAGAACCCGAUGGUCGAGACGAGUGGCACUGUGGUUCACCUGAAACAGCCCUUCAACGCCACCAGGAUCAAUGCGAGCAGCAUCGAUAGCAGGGUCAAAGAACUCCAGAAGGAAAAUGAUAAAUCAACGGGUAAAGCGGGAUUUUGGGAGGAAUUCGAGUCGCUUCAGCAGCAGGAAUGCAAGCACUUGUUUUCGCGGAAAGAAGGCCAGAAGCCGGAGAAUAGAAAUAAAAACAGAUAUAAAAAUAUUUUACCAUUCGACGACACGAGAGUGAAACUGCGCGGCGUGGACCCGAACGUGGCCGGCUCGGACUACAUCAACGCCAAUUACAUCAACUCCGAGGAGGACCUGUUCUUGGAAGAGCCGAGAAAGUCAUACAUCGCCACGCAGGGCUGUUUGCCGAGCACCACCGGCGACUUCUGGCACAUGGUCUGGCAAGAGGGCACCAGAGUCAUCGUCAUGACCACCAAAGAAAUCGAGCGGGGGAAGAACAAAUGCGCCAGAUAUUGGCCGGACGAUGGCCAAGUUAAGGAGUACGGCGCUGUGAAAGUGAAGAAUAUUUGUGAGAGUUCCAACGCCGAUUACACCCUUAGGGAGUUUCUCGUCGGCAGAGAGGGUACCCAGGAGGAGAGAAAAGUGUUCCAUUUCCACUUCCAGGCUUGGCCAGACCAUGGUGUUCCUUCCGAUCCGGGCUGUGUUUUGAAUUUCCUGCAUGACGUGAACGCGCGGCAGAGCAGCAUUGCAGAGGCCGGGCCCAUUUUGGUGCACUGCAGCGCAGGCAUCGGGCGCACCGGCACUUUUAUCGUAGUGGACAUGAUUUUGGACCAAAUCAAGCGACAAGGCCUUGACUGUGAAAUCGACAUCCAGCGUACAAUCCAAAUGGUGCGUUCGCAGCGCUCGGGAAUGGUGCAAACGGAGGCGCAAUACAAGUUCGUCUACCUCUCCGUGCAGCACUACAUCGAGACUGUUUCCACCAGGCUUCAAGCCGAACAGAGGAGCUUGCAAAUGGGCCGAGACUACAGCAACAUCCGCUACACGAGCGGAAACACAGCCGCUGCCGACUUGAGCGCCAAUAUUAACAGGGUAACCCCCGCCGUCUCCACUGUUUCCCUAGCCUCCAACUGUCGAAUCGACCCCAGUACCAAUGGCAACAGCAGAUUACAGGCUGAUGCAGAAGUUACUCUUCCAAGACCACCAGAGGAAAUUCCUCACCAAAUUUACGAGAACAUUCCGCUGAAGGAGCGCAAAACGCCGGUGAACAGCAACUCGAUCAACAUUUGCCCGCCAACGAGUUACGCUCCUCCGCCGCCGUUGCCGCGCAAGCCGUGAGGAAAAGCCGGUGAAAUUGGGCUCUCGAGUUUUGCUUUCUUCUACUACACGCUGUGAGGGUUCCUAGCGAUAUUCCCCUUCCGCAAGUCAAACGGAACCAAUCGAUCCUCAGUUCAGGGACCUACACUAAAAUCACACACACACACACACACACAAACGUAUUUUUGCAGUUUCGGUUGAAUAGUUUUUAAACUUUGCGUCGGUCGCUUUCUGGUUUAACUCGUGAGGAGGAACUUCGUGUUUCAGUUUUGCUUUUUUCCACUUUUUUGUAAUUUAUAUAGGAUCCCUGCUACCUAUUGUAUAAUGUACAUUAAAUAUUAUUGCGGUUAUUAAUACUUUUUUGAGCAAAGAUCAAUAAUUGAAUUUCCAUUAUUGCUAUUAAAGAUAUGAAGAUAUCGAUAAAUAAUGUGAAUUGAUUGCGUUCAAGUCAACACGAUGUCCUGCACAAAAGAUAAUAAUUUGAUCGCUAUCACACUUAAAUGCAAUGUUAAAAUACUAUUAUAAAUGGGAUUUUGUGAUUCGGUGGAGCAAACAAAGUUGCGGGGACGAGAAUGAAAAGCAGCCGAGAAAUUUCUGAGUCUAUUUUUAAUUAAAAUAAUGCAAGAGUUUCACUAUCUGAUCCACAAACAGAAGAAUGAUAAUUUCACUGUCACCGUAAAAUUAACAUUAAAAUAACAUUAUUAAAUUCUAGUCAAAAUAAAAUAAAAUAUAGCUUAAGAUGCAGAAAUUCUGAGAGAACACGACAACAGUUAAGCUGAGAUGUACAAUAACAUAGAUAAAAACGAUGGUUUCCUUCCCUCCCUCGACAUCUGUGACCAAAUUGGACAAUUUUAGCCCUGGAAAUAUUUGAGAACUCGACGCGUCUGAAUGAUUUUCAUCUUCCGCUGACAGGAGCAGCAUAACUGUAACAGAAAAACAAACACACACAUAUUUUUGUAAAUUGCGCCAAUCGAAUUUAUUACAUUGCUUAUAUUUCAUUGUUUUAUGUUAACGACAACAGAAAACUGAUCUACAAUUACUAGCGUAAGAGCAUCUUUUGUGGCAAGCCAACACAUGAAAUGCGAAUUUGGAUGUUGACAAACUAAUCGUCUAUGACGUAACGUACACAACACACACUUUGGAUGCAUCAUCACUUGCAACACACACACAUACACUCGAGUAAUAAACGUUCAGUUAUCGAAUAUGCUGAGUAAACAAAA